AUGCACGAUACAGGGACGGAUGGAGACAAGCUCGAAAAGAGGAGACGACAAAAUAGGGAAUCUCAGCGUCGAUUCAGGGAUCGUAUUCGGAAUAGGCCUCAGAAGGAUAUCCAAGGAACUGCAUUGCCAGGUCCGCAGCAGACUAUCGCGCCAGAUGGAAUUUUCAUGACUCCAUUCGAGUUCAUGCCCAUGUCUCCAAAUGCUUCCUCGGGUUUAGGUCCGGUUCCUAGAACAGAUCUAACAAGCACUAUGGACACAUCUGGGUUCUCAAUGCUAUGGGAUAGCGAUGCUGUUCGGUCUUCUGGGAGUCCCACAAUAGAUUCCAUUCCACAGCCUCCAGACAAACAACCAAUUUGGUUCGAUAUCCCUGGGGGUCCUCUAACAAUGCCUAAACAAGGGUUGUGUAUCUCUCCUGCGAAGAACGACACUACUGGAACGGGUGCAGGACUUUCGAGUGACGCAGCGAGCCCUAGUCUCCAUACCUCUCGGCCGUUCAUGAGCGAUCCAGGCAGUGGCCAGUUCUCCAUGAAUAAUUGUUCGCCUCUUGUUCAGACAGGGCAAUUAUACGAGCCAAACUUGCCGAAAGAACUUGGUCGGGCUCCUCAACCUCAACCUCAAAGCCAGAGUGCUUCGAAGGCGGCUCAGCCUCGCGGCGUGCAAUAUGCACAACCCAGGACAUUCUCUGGGCCCCGAAAGGUACUGAUACCUCGUUUCGUUUGCUUCCUUGACGUAGUCUUUGUGGUGUUGUGCCGUUCCUAG